AUGUUGCUUCAGUUGAAAAAUGCUGCGUCUAGCCGUCCUUUGUCUCAAAAUAUUCAGGUCUUACGAUUGCUAAAGACCUGUGUUUCACAGCAAUCUACGAAAACUCCAAUUCAAGAAUGGGGUUGGGAUUAUCUCAUGCGACAGCGAGCCUUGAAGCGACCGAUCAGCCCACAUCUUACGGUAUAUAAGCCGCAAGUCACAUGGAUGGUUUCUGGGUUUCAUCGUGUGACGGGGUGUGCUAUGGCUGGCGCUUUGUUGAUUGGUGGUGUUGGUUUUGCCCUGCUGCCGUUAAACUUUACCACGUUCAUUGAUUUUAUUCGUGGUCUUGGAUUACCGUGGGUUGUAACCGAUAUGUUUAAAUUUGUCAUUGCGUACCCAAUUGUUUUUCAUUCAUUGAAUGGUAUCCGUUUCAUUGCGUUUGAUUUGGCUCUGGGGACAGAUAUUGCUUCCGUAUAUGCCAGUGGUUAUUUGGUUCUUUCGUUAGCGGCAUUAAUUGCGUUAGGAGUUGUGAUAGCACCUCGACUGAAGCAAGAUUAUGUUGUCGUUGAUGAACCAAAGAAAUGA